UCGGGCAGCGUCUUUGAAAGUGUAUCUUUCUUGUUUGUUUUGAAUUUGUAAUAAAAAAUUGUAGAAAGAAAGGAUUGUUAUGGUGUAUUGAAGUGUCAAGAAUCUGUUCUUAAUACAAAAAACACAAAUUUUUUAUUUACUGUUAGGUUUUCGAUAUGGAAUUUGACAACUCGCCAAGGACGCCUAAAUUAACAAGCGUAACCGACGAGCUGAAAGAAGUUUUAUCAAAACGAAAAUUGUUAACUACACAAACUCGAAUGAAAGUAUUGAGUACCUUAGAUGAAUUUAAUGAUGAACAAGAUGCAAGUAAAGAAGAAAAUCUCAGAUCUCAAGCAAUACAAGAAAUUUUGACAUCAGAAAUCAGCUACAUUAAUCAGCUUGAAAUUAUUAGAAAUUUUUUUAUGGGACCUAUACUAGACAAAAAACUCUUGAGUCGAGCUUCAUAUUCUACUCUGUUUGAAAAUAUAGAUACAAUAUAUAAUGUUAAUAAUGAACUAGUACAACAGCUGAAACAAAAUCCAGAAAAUAUUGCUCAAGCCUUUCACACAUUGGCACCAUUUUUUAAAUUAUACUCUGUUUAUGCCUACAAUUAUAAACAAGCGUUGGAUUUAUUACAGCAAAUUUUAGAAAAUAGUCCAGAAGUUUCAAAAUUUAUAGCAAAUCAAGAAUCUAGGCCAGAAGUGAGCCAAAAACUUUCUUCUUUGCUAAUAGCUCCAAUUCAACGAGUACCCAGAUAUAAAUUACUUCUGCAGCAGGUCAUUCGUCACACUUCUCCUCGAACAAAAGCAUAUAAUGAAUUACAAGCUUCUUUGGUUGAAAUAGAAAAAGUAGCAUCUCAUAUCAAUUCAAUGGUAGAAGAAUAUGAAAAUACCCAACAAUUGCUUGAACUGCAAAAAGUAAUAACUAAUUUAAUUACUCUGGUAAAACCCGGCCGAAAACUCGUCCGACAUGGCAAGUUGAUGCGCGUCGGACGAGGGGCAAGAUCUGCAUUUCGCCGAUAUUUUAUUCUGUGCAGCGAUAUGAUACUAUAUUGUAAGGGUGAUCCAGAGUCAACCAUGGAAUGUUCCUGUGUAUUUCCUCUUAACAAAACUACUAUCAAAAGAGUAUUUAGCACUGAAGUUUUUAGUCUGACAUGCAAGGAGGAAUAUUUAUUACUUUAUUCAGAAAUGGGAGAUAGCGAACAGUGGAUUACAGCCAUAGAAGAAGCCAUUGAAAAGUACCAAGAAAAUAGACAAUCAUUGAGAAAAGAUAGUAGCUCUAGAAUUCCUGUGCGAAAAUUUAUUCCUAUCAAUAAGGAUGGUGAGAUUGACAAUAGACUACGGCGCAAAAGACCUUUAACUUCAAUAAAAGAAAAUAAUGACAAUUCCCUGAAAUCAAAUAAUUCAAAUGUUCAUAUGGAUCAAAGCGCUGGAGUUGAAAAAACAACAUCGAAAAGUAAUUCUCCAUUUUCUUUGCCAUUUAAACGUUUAAAAAAAUCGCCUACAGAAGAAGUGACCGCUAAAAAACAUAAUGGAAUUUUGCGGAAUGAUAAUUCAAAUGACAAAAUACAUGAAACAAUAUUUUCAUCGAAAAUAUUUUCUCGUUCUUGCCUUUCAAUGGACGUCACAGAUGAGAAUAAUACUGAUAAUGAAGAAAAUUUUAGACUCUUGUCAUUUAAAACAGUUGGUACAAUAAUUUCAAAAGUUAGCAACGGUUUAAAAAGUUUAUUUUAUAAAAAUUAACUCUGAAGCUGUUUAGUGUAUGUAGAAAGAACGAAAUUUUUUUUAUACUAACUAAAAAAUUGUAUAUAAUAAAUAGAUAUAUAGUAAAUAGCAUUUUUAAAAAAUGUAUAUCGUAAUAAAUGCUAUUUCAAAAGUAACACAAUGUGCUGAAAAAUAUGAUGUGAGU